AUGGUCCCACAGCAGCUACAGGCUGGAGAAAACCUGACUCUCUUGCCUGGCUUUAUCCUCUUGGGUUUCCCUGAUGUCCCAGAGCUCCAACCCACCAUCUUCACCAUUUUCUUCUCUCUCUAUGUGUUCAUGGUGCUGGGCAACCUGACCAUGGUCCUGCUGAUCAGGGCUGACCCCCAGCUCCACACCCCCAUGUAUUUCUUCUUGAGCCAUUUAUCUCUCAUUGAUUUUUGCCUUUCCUCUGCCAUCAGCCCCAAAGCUCUGGAGACCUUCCUGCUAGGGAGAAGCCACAUCUCUUUCUGGGGUUGCAUUGCUCAGAUGUAUUUGUACCUUGCUCUGCUCAUCUCUGAGUGCUUCCUCUUGGGGGUGAUGGCUUACGACCGCUACGUGGCUGUGUGCAAGCCGCUGCUUUACGUCACCAUCAUGUCCAGGGCACGCUGCUGCAGCCUGGUGGUGCUGGUGUACACCACGGGCUUCCUCAGCUCCCUGAUGCACGCUGUCCUGGCAGGGAGGUUGUCCUUCUGCCAAGCCAGGAACAUCAAACACUUCUUCUGCGAGCUGCCCACCCUCCUGCAGCUCUCCUGCUCCGACACCCGCAUGAACGAGACCCUCCAGGCUGCCCACGCUGGGCUGAACAUCGUGAGCUCCUUCCUGAUGAUCCUGCUGUCCUACACCCACAUCCUCCACACCAUCCUGCAGAUCCCUUUGGCCAGGGGAAGGCUGAAAGCCUUCUCCACUUGCACUUCCCACCUGAUUGCCGUCACCAUCUUCUACGCCCCGGGGGUGGUUGCCUACCUUCAGCCUGGCCAGGGGUGCUGGUGGGAUGAGGCAAAGCUGCUCUCAACAUCUUACACCAUCCUGACUCCCAGCCUCAACCCUCUCAUCUACAGCCUGAGGAACAAGGAGGUGAAGGAGGCCCUGAGGAGGGUGUUGGGGAGGAAGCUGGGGCUGCAUCUCCCCGAGUUUUGA